AUGUUAGCAAGCUCGAGCUCACACUCAUUCCGAAUGAAAGCCGGAGGAAUGCUGGGCCUUUGGUCGGCCCUGCUCGCUCUGGUCGUCGCCGACGAAACGCAGUUGCUUAUGCCUGGCGUCGUACCGCAGACCGAGACCUAUAUCUGCACAUCUGUACCGCUUGACCCCGAAGCUGAACAUUACCUAACCGGAUACAAGGCUAAUGUUGCAUCUCACAACGCUCACCAUAUCUUGCUGUUCGGUUGUGAAGAACCCGGAAGUGACGAUGAAGUUUGGGAUUGUGGAGAGAUGACCGCGCCUAGCGAUGGACUACAACGUGCUCCCACCUGCAAGACCAAGCCAUCCAUUCUCUACGCGUGGGCAAAGGAAGCACCCGAACUGAAGCUACCAAAAGGUGUCGCAUUCCGCGUUGGUGGAAAUUCUGGCAUCAACUAUCUUGUUAUGCAGGUUCAUUAUAUGGAAGAUCGUAAUGAACUGGAUCACAGCGGUAUCACUAUCCAACAUACCGAAGAACCACAACCAAAGACCGCUGCUACCAUGCUACUUGUGACUGGAGGGAUAUUGCCACCUAAGACUACCGAAUCGUUUGAAACUGCAUGCGUCAUCGAAGAGGAUGUGACGAUUCACCCGUUCGCGUUCCGCACUCACGCCCAUCGUCAUGGUGUCGAGGUUUCUGGAUGGGUCGUCAAUGAAGAUAAGAAUGGUGAUGACCAAUGGUUCCUGAUCGGAAGACGUGAUCCACAACUCCCACAGAUGUUCGCACCAGUUCAAAACUCAUCACUUGUAGUUCGCCAAGGAGACAUUCUGGCCGCUAGAUGCAUUCUUAAGAACGACGAGAAUCGUGUGAUCAGAAUGGGACCAACUGGAAACGAUGAGAUGUGCAAUUUUUACAUGAUGUACUGGGCAGACGGUGAUCAGGUGCUCAAGGAUAACACAUGCUUCUCGCCGGGUGCUCCUCUUUAUCACUGGAGCUCGGAAGCUGGCCUUAACCAUAUUCCAAAGUAA